UCUUUAUCUUUUUGGUGGGCAGUCCCUGUCGUUCUUUGUUAUCUCAGAGACAUUUUAUCAAACACCUUGCUAUCUGAAAAACCACAAGUAGGAGAAACAGUAUCAUAGAAAAAUGGAGGAAACAAAAGGAGUGGUGAAGCAUGUAUUGCUAGCAAAGUUCAAAGAUGAUGUCCCACUUCAAAAGAUUGAUGAACUCAUUCAAGGUUAUGCUGACCUCGUUAAUCACAUUCAACCCAUGAAAUCCUUUCAAUGGGGCAAGGACGUGAGCAUAGAGAACCUGCAUCAGGGUUUCACUCAUAUCUUCGAGUCCUCAUUCGAUAGCACGGAAGGCGUUGCAGAGUAUGUUUCGCACCCGAAGCAUGUUGAAUUUGCAAAUCUCUUCCUUGGUCACUUGGACAAAGUUCUUGUUAUUGACUACAAACCUACUACAGUUCGUUGUUGACGGCAGUUGCAGAGUAAGGCAACUACUUUGUAUGUGUAUAAUUUCGCUGAAAAUAAAUAAUCAGAUUGUAUUAGACAUGUGUUGAUGCUUUGGUGUAUAACUGGGUUUUGGAUGUAAUUUGAGUAGCAAAAUAUAUAAAUCUUCUGAUCAUUGUUUAUACAUUGAGGUCAAUAUUUUCAUA